AUGCGAGGUGAGCAGGCGGUUGGGUGCCGUGUACAAGUGUACUGGGAGGGCGAAGAUGAGUGGUUUGAGGGCGUAGUGGACGCGUUCUCGACGGAGAAAGGCUACAACGUCAAGUACGACGACGGCGAGGAACAGUGGGAGUUGGAUGCAGGGGAGUAUCCGAUCCGGUUCUUGACAGACCCAGAGACUGGAAGAAGCGGAGAUACAUCGGGUGAUAUUGCGUCGUCUGGAGAAGAGGAGCGAGUGGAUAACAACGACGCAGCUCCAGAAAACGAUUCAAAGCAAGUAAGUGAAGAGGAAUAUGAGGAGGGAGAGCACAAAGACCCAAUAGAACAAGAACAUGACGACGAAGCAGCUAGUUCGGUUCCCGAAACAGAAGAACCUGUGGUUAUUCCUUCCACUACAAAGCCGCAGAAGGCAGUGAAACCUGCUAGAGCUUUCAUGCGCUCGUCGGCUGCGUUCUUUCGCGACGAAGAUACACUGCGUGAGAUGCGGAAAGAGCUACGUCAGGAGAAGAGAACACUGAGCAACCAAGUCCACAUAUUAACAAUGCAACUAGCCGAAAAGGAACAAGUGGCUGCCUCGCUCAAAAGCGAACUACAGGAGCUGAAAACGAGUGCAACACUGGCAAACGUCAUGCGUCAGAUUCCCAGAUCUGGUACUCUCAGUAGUCCCAGCGGACCCCUCAAAGGCUCUCCAAAGCCAAAGACGACGGCAGAAUGGGGAGAGCGCGUACUGGACCAGAAACUGGAGAACCAAUGCUUGGCAGAGGAACUUCUCGCUUUAAAGACCGCCGUACAGGAUAAGCAGCUAAUGGUGCAGCGUAAGCAGAAACAGCGAGAUGAGAUGAAUGCGAAGCUGUCACGUGUGCCUCGUCGACAUCUGUGCACUCUGGUCGAUCUCCAAGUUGAGAUCUCGCGGUUGUUAGAGGAAAAGCGAGCGCUGGAAGCUCAACCACGUCCGACCUCUUCACAGUCAAAGCCUGAGAAAACGAGUAGUGUACGUGUAAGUGCAUCUACUAAGGCGGCACUACAGAGCGAGCUGACAAGUCUGGAAGUCACGACUGAGAGAUACAAGGAGGAACUUCGUCAGUGGCACCUUAAGAUCGACUGCGAGAAGGCACGUUUGGCUCCUUUAGAAGCGCGUCUAGCGAGUUUGCAGCAGGAGCUACGGCGAUAUGAAGACUCCCAAGUGCUAUUGCGCAGUGUCUUCUUGCGUUUGGGAUUCGAUAAAAGAGAUGGGUCUGUGUCAUUGGAAGCAGCGUUGACUGCAUUCCAAACACUCACCCCGCUGGAUCGAGACGCACUUACAGCCGAGGAAAUGGUGAUUCGAUUGAAGGAGGGCGGCAUUAUUUCGUUGAAUCAAGAAGACCAGCAGCGCCUCUCAUUUGCACAAUUUGUCACAGCCUUUAGCUGCUUGUUCAAGACGUGA